GCAUUCAAUACCACACAAACAUAAUCAUCAAGCACACACAAUCUCACUACUCGAAACAGAUCGAAUAGAAAUAUAUAUAUUUAGAGAGAGAGAGAAUAUUAUACAGAGAGAUAAGUGCAAUAAUGGAGUGUUGUAAGAGGGUAUAUGAGUGGUUAUGCAAUUCAAAAUCAUACUUGAUAAUAUUGAGCUUGCAAUUUGGCUCCGCCGGCAUGUACCUUAUCACCAUGGAUGCUCUCAAUAAGGGCAUGAGUCAUUAUGUGUUUGUCGUUUACCGCAAUGUCAUCGCCACUAUUGCUCUUGGCCCUUUCGCAUUUUUUCUUGAAAGGAAAGUUAGGCCCAAGAUGACAGUUCGGAUAUUUUCAGAAAUUAUGGCAGUGGCUUUUGUCGAGAUAAUACUUGAUCAAUGCUUCACGUUCCUUGGUAUGAAGUACACAUCAGCAUCAUUUGCGUCUGCGGUGAUGAAUUCUGUACCCUCCAUUACCUUUGUACUCGCAAUCAUUUUUCGAUUGGAGAGCAUGAACUUGAAGGAGCUAGGAUGUUUAGCCAAAGUGAUUGGCACUGCAGUUAGUCUUGGAGGUGCUUUUCUAAUGGCUCUGUACAAAGGUCCUGUUGUUAACAUUGCAGACUCUUCUGCCAGCCACGUGGGACGGCCUGAUAAUGUGAACGACCCUUCUGGCAGUCACUGGCUUAUUGGUGCUUGUUUUCUCCUCAUAGGUUGUGCUGGCUUCUCUGCUUUCUACAUAUUGCAAGCUAUAACAUUGAGAAAGUACCCAGCAGAGAUGUCCCUAGCCACCUGGGUUUGCUUUGUAGGUGCACUUCAAAGCAGCGCAGUUAGUUUUUUCAUGGAACGCAAUAGCCCUCAUGUCUGGUCUCUAGCAUGGGAUUCUAGGCUUGUAGCUUAUGCAUACUCGGGAAUAGUAACAUCAGCAAUCCAAUUUUACGUGCAAGGCAUGGUUAUUAAAACCACGGGGCCAGUGUUUGUGACUGCAUUUAAUCCCCUGCGUAUGAUCAUAGUCACGGCCUUGGCCUGCAUUGUUCUCUCAGAGAAACUCCAUCUUGGAAGCAUUAUUGGAGGAGUAGUGGUGGUAAUUGGUCUCUAUCUAGUAGUGUGGGGCAAAGCUAAAGAACAGAAACAUCUCAUGCCACCAUCCCCUGAAAAGGUCACCCUGCAACGCCAUCAACAGCUACCAGUUACUGUACCCAUAAGUGAUGAUGCAAAUGAUAAUAACAAACCUCAAUUGGUCAUAAUUGAAGAUAGAAACAUUGGGCCAGAACAUUGAAUGCAGAGAGCCAGCAACAGUGAGCUACCACCACGGUCAAUUUAUGUGGGCCUUAAUGGGAUCACAAAGUAGUAAUAGUAGUAGUGAUAGAGUCACAGUAGUCCAUGAUCAAUGUAUUGUGAUCUUAACUUUACUUUGUUUAUGAAACAAGUUUGGAAAUUUGGGUAGUUUUAUAUGCGAAUUCUGAGCUUCACCUCCGCGUUUUACGAUAUAUAUGGAUUAUGUACUUUUCAAUUUUAUAUUGCAUUCCAGUAGGAUUUAUCAUCUUGCAAGUUUUAGCAGCUCUUGUUUUGAGCCUUAUCCUGUCCAAAACAGGUUUCAUUGAGAUGUAAUUAUUUAUUAUUAUUUUUUUGAA